AUGGCGAAAUCCUCGCGACGCUCAGGUCGCGGCAAGACACCCACGUCAUCCGGCGCCUCAACACCAAGCUCCGCAUCCUCGGGCCCCAUGCCACCAUUCACAAAAGUUCCACAAGCCUUGCAACCGUUUGUCGAACCGCUAUCCACAGAUGAAGUGUACCUAGUGCACAUGGACAUCACAGCAGAAGAUCUCAAGCGACAGACCUUCACUGUACCCCUCAUCGUCAACUUCAUAGUUGGAGCCGUGAUCGCACUGCGGGUGUACAUGGGAAUCACCACAUACCCAGCCCUCGUGUCAGCGCUGAUCGGACUUCCAAGCUCCAUGGCCGUGGACACAACAGCCAUCCCGUGGACAGAAGGGGCGCAAAUCAUCCUCCGCCGGACGGGAACUGUGUUCUUCGACUACUUCCUUGUGACCAUAUUCCUCUCGUGGCCAAUGAAUUUCAUCACGGGGCCCGUGCGCUGGCGCCGUGCCAUUGGUUUCCGCGAGCGAGAGAUCAUCGUCCGCCGUAGCCGCCCCAGCUGGAGUAAAGAUCUCGAGCGCAAUAAGUGGAUCCGCGAAGACGAGACACGGCGUGACAAGAUCGUUGCCGCUGUUACUCCUGAGCGGGUCGGCAAAACCGGAUACCUGCUUGUUGACGAGGACUGGGAUCUAGACUAUGCGGCUAUGGUCCGCGCCCAUGCUCUUGUUGACCGCACUCGCAGGGGUGAGGGUAUACGAAUCGAUGAGUUCCGCACCGCUGUACUGGUCAAUACCGAUGCUGAUGGCUGGUUGAUCUGGCGUGUAGGGGACGAGAAUACUCCUGCAGCCGAGAAAAGAUCAGUUCAGCGUGAUCAGAUCCUUGCUUUCAAGGACAAGUUGACUGAGAUGGGCAAGGAAAAUCUCUUCCUCCGUUGGGUGGAGCUCAUUCAAUGGGAGAGUUCGCAACCUGGUGGCUUUACAGCAGAGCGCCAGCGCUCUGCAAUGAUGCAAGCGAAGAAGAUGUUUGAAGAGGAGGAUGUCGAUUUCAGUCGUUUCUGGGACGACAUGGGUGGCAUGGAAGGUGUGGAUGGAUUAGACUAA